AUGAGCCAAGCAGGCGAAGGACAGGCGAGUCCGACAUUUGCAGCGGAUUCCAGACCUUCCUUACCUUCCUUGGCUAGUGUUCUUGGCUCCGAUGCGAUUCGGCAACUUGGGGAUGCUGUGAAGUUGGAGAAAGGUGACCUUGCCUGGUCCGAGGAGGCAAAGGCUGAGGUGUUCAGCCAGGUCCGCCAAGUGGUGGAGGCGCUGCAGGAGGAACUGAGGGAGAGCGAGCCACUCUUGGCGGAGCUCCAGGAGAAAGCUGACAGCUUGGAGGAGAAGCGCACAUUCCUGACGCGCAAAGUUCGUCGCGCGGAGCGGGAUCGUGAUUUGGCCGUGCAACGCAGUGCUGAGGUGGAGGCGGCAGUGAGGCAGCUGCGCGAGGAGGCUGCGCCGGCCAUCGCGCGCUUCAUGGAGUCGGAGGUCCUGCGCAGCCAGCUCCAGGCUUGCAGCGAGGAUCUCGUGCGGCUCAAGGAAGAGAUGGCCGCCUGCAAGGAGGAGCUGGCGGAAGGCUUGCCUAAGCUGGCAGAGUUGGAGGAUGACGAGGCGGAGUGUGCUGGAGCCUUGGCACAGCUCGAGGCGCAGCACACGGAAGAGGUGUCCUUGCUGACUUCCUUGCACAAGGAGGAUCUUCAUGCAUGCUUGGAAGUUGAAUUUGAAGAAAUCGCCAUGUUGGCCAUGCCCAUCAUCCGCCAGCAUGCCGCCGCGCUCCCGCGAGCGAUCCCGCUCACCCCAGCGAGGCCGCGAGUUGCCUUCGUCAGCCUGGCGACGGAAGACUACAGCCAGGGGGCACUAGUGACGUCUGCGACCCUGCGCGCCCGACUGCCGGCAGACGUCGACGUGGUAGUCUUUAGCGAUGUAGAACUGACGGUUGUGCCAGGUGUCGUUGUGCGUGAGUUGCAAGACCUACCGACAGUAUCUCCACCGCAGCAAGCAGGCGAACCGCUGAUGCCGCACUUCCGCUUCUGCUGGCGAAAGCUUGGGCUCUGGGCUUUGGAGGAGUAUGACGUCGUUGUCUAUUUGGACUCGGACAUGCUGGUAGUUGGUGACAUCAGCUACCUGUUGGACUGUCUUCCCCAAGAAGGUCAGUUGGCUGCUGUGCCCUCGUGUGAGUGCUGGCGGUCGGAAUCGUGCAAUUACACAGCCGGACCAAGAGAUGGCCUCUACAUCAACGCGGGGCUGCUCAGCUUUCGGCCCAGUCUGCUGGAGCUUGGCAAGAUGAGAGAGGCGCUGGAGAAUUGGCAAGAGGCAAAGUCGGGUGCCCUCCAACUCGCCGUAGAUCACCUGAUGCCUUUUGCCGAGCAGGACUUCCUGAACAGCUACUUCCAUGGGCGCAUCCUUCCCCUGCCUUCGAUUUUCAAUGCUUUGCAGCAUGCCAUGAAGAACCCGAAGCACCGGGCAGACCUUGGGCUUGACAAGUGCGCCAUCCUGCACUACGUCAUGGGCAAGCCUUGGGACCGCGCCACGAAGCUGGAGGAGGAUGUUGCAGACCUGCGUGCGCUCUGGUGGCGGGCAUGGAAGGAAGGCGCUUCCAAGGCUUGCCUUCACCCAUCAUGGGCCAGGCAUCAGGUACAUGACGCCCUACCCGUGUUUCUGGUGAAGGAUUUCAUAAAAUCUGAGGCGGAGGCGCUCCUGAUUUCCACCCUCUAUGGGGACGGGUUACAGGGAAGAUGGACACAGCUGGGACGGCGCAGGCUCUUGUGCCUUGGAGGUGUACCUCAUCCAGAUGGUGCGAUCUGUGAAGACCUUCCAGAAGCAAUCUGUGAACUUGGAGCGAGCCUUGCUCGGGUCGGUGCCACCGAAGGAGCACCGAACCAAUGCUUCGUCAACAGCUACUCUCCUGGUGAGGGCAUCGAUGCCCAUUGCGAUGGGCCACAGUUUCAGCCGGAGGUGGCGAUCCUCACCCUAGAAGGCCCUGCGCUGCUUCAUUUUGGUCUGGUGGAGAAGAAGGCCUAUCCUGAGCUUCCACCUCGGUUCGAGGUGCUUCUGGAACCUCGAUCGCUGCUGGUGAUGAGGGCCGAGGUCUAUAAGCUCUACGUUCAUCGUAUCGAUCAUUCCAAGGUCGACAUCACCAGGGAUGGUCAGGAAGUUCCCCGUGCCAAACGCAGAACCUCCUUGACCUUGCGUCGCCUAGCGCACGUGCAGCUGGAGAGUAAGGAGAUCGAGGAACUUCGCUGCCAGCACGCCCUGAAGGUGGCUGAGCUCGAGCAUGCCAGAAGAGAGCAGGUCGAUGAGCUGAAGCGGUCCAAUACGGAGGAGAUGGACCAGCUCCGCUCUGCCUUGGAGGCAGCCCGGUGGCAGGCUGAUGUCUACAUUCGGGAGCAUCAGGAUGCCGUCCGCGAAAUAUGUCUCAGGCAAAGAGAGAAUGCUCGCCUGGCCAAGAAGCACAGCGAGACUCGCCAAGAAGCCUUGGAGUUGGCUGUCCGGCUCGAAGCGCUGAAAGCGGCCGAGGCGGGUGCUCCGGCGCGGCAGGCCGAGCUCCAGGCUGUUCGGCACCGCUAUGCCUUGCUGCAACAAACCGCCGCAGAAUGGAGAGAGGCGCUUGUACGGAAGCAGGGCGACUGCGACCUUUGGCGGCGGCGAGCUGAAUCAAAGGGGCUGGCAGUUCGGCGCGAUGAUGCAGAGCUCCAGGCCGAGAUUCGAAGCCUCAUUGCUGCGCCGGCAUUCAGUCCACGUGGGCACGGCUACUGGGGAGAGGCCUUUGGCGCAGACAGGCCGCUGCAGAUGGUGAGCCGGAGUCCCGUCAGUCCUUCCUUGGCUUGGGCCACGCCUACCAGGCGCACAGCGCCCCUGCAGUCACCUAUGUGGAGACGUCCGGCUCGCAGAGGAAGAUCCUUCGAGCCCACCAGGCCUGGAUUGGCCGGCUCCGCAUCGCAGCCACGUCUGGAUGCGACCCCGCGUUCGCCGUCUCCGCAUCCAGCGGGCGAGUUUGUCACGGUGGUGCUCAAAGCUGCCAAGCUCCGCGAGGAGGCUGAGUCUCUUCAUGAAGGCUUGGAUGGCCCGCUGGGCAGGGCGAUUGUUGAGGCCGAGAAUGAGGUGGAGAUGCUAGCUUUCCUUCUCGAGGAGGCGGAUUCUUCGGAGGCCGAAGUUCUUCUUGAAAUGGAGGCACAGCUGCAGGAGCCCAAAGCUCCCGUGGUGGCUGCACACCUCCGCGCCCAGAUUGCGGAGCUUCAGGGCAGGAAGCAGCGGUCGCUAAGCCCACCGGAGCCCGAGGGUGACCGGGGCGCAUCGUAG